CGCAGGCCAGAUCGUGGGUCGGCCUAGUUGGGUUUUGGGACGAGUCCGUUAAAGGCAAGUCGUUGCGUUAUUAUUGCCUUUUGUGUUUUUAAAAUAAAUGUAGUUUGGCCGACGCGUUUUACAUUUUUAUAAAAGAUUACCAGUUUACAAGUUACAACAGCCGUUCUGUUCUCGUUUUUAAUAAUCGAUAUAUAUUAAAAAUCUGUAUCGGUAUUGCCAAUUGAAGGAAUGGAUCAAAGCGUGGAGGCAAUAAGGCACGUUUAAAUCAAAAAUUUCUUGAUGGUGUCAAUUCCCGAUUUUGGGAGUAAUGAUUGAGAAGUGAACAAGUGAAAUUAAACAAAAGAGACUGCUCUUGUACCUCCUCAUAUCCCUAUGCAAAAGCAUUCUUAAGUGAACGCCAGGAGUUUUCUAACAUCAUAAUUUUAAUUUUUUAACGGGAGUUUCUUAUGCCAUCCCGCUCACCAACCCCUCCCCCACCCUCACAGAGUGGAGCUUAAACCAAACGUCUAGAUUUGGAGUUCGUAUAAUUACUUUAUUAGGAAAAGUGGGCUCGUUAUCAAUAUCAAAGACUGAAUUUGUAUGUAUCACAUCUAAGAGCCUAUAUUUGAAUUGAAGUUCGAGGCCGCGGCUUAAUCACGCCCACGUAAAUACCUACACUCUGUCAUGUUUACACUGCAAUCAGCUCCUGCCACCAUCACUUCCGUAGGGCCGUCGUGGUCAGCAGGAACUUUGUUAGAGCGUCUUCCGUCUUUGGAGGAUAUGGCUCAUAAGGACAAUGUGAUUGCUAUGAGAAAUCUGCCAUGUUUGGGUGCCGUUGGUGGUAGUGGAUUUGGCGGUAUUGGUGGAAAACCGACUGUGAGUGAAUCUACUAUGGAUGCCGUAGAUGCGAACACAGGGCCACAACCCCACUCAUCAUCGUCGUACUUCACAACAACAUAUUAUCACUUGACUGAAGACGAAUGUCACAGUGGAGUGAAUCAAUUGGGAGGUGUUUUUGUUGGUGGUCGCCCUCUUCCAGAUUCAACUCGACAAAAGAUUGUUGAAUUGGCCCAUUCUGGAGCUAGGCCGUGCGACAUUUCUCGGAUUCUCCAAGUUUCAAACGGAUGUGUUAGCAAAAUUCUUGGAAGGUAUUAUGAAACUGGAAGCAUACGACCACGAGCAAUUGGAGGCUCCAAGCCACGUGUAGCCACAGCCGAAGUUGUCAGUAAAAUUUCGCAAUAUAAACGGGAAUGUCCAAGCAUAUUCGCUUGGGAAAUACGCGAUCGGUUGCUUCAAGAAAACGUUUGCACUAAUGAUAACAUUCCCAGCGUAUCAUCGAUAAACCGUGUUUUGAGAAAUUUGGCGGCGCAGAAAGACCAGCAAAACUCAGGGCCAAGUGUUUCAACAGCUACGGGAACUAGCACUAGUUUAGAAAUUUCGUCCCAAAUAAAUAACAGCAAUGUAAAAAGUGUUACUAGAGGUACACUUUCGUCGGGGUCUGAUCUUAUUCAGACGGCAACGCCUUUAAAUUCUUCAGAAAGCGGAGGAGCCAGUAAUUCUGGAGAAGGUAGCGACCAAGAAGCCGUUUACGAGAAACUUCGGCUCUUAAACACACAACACGCAUCAGGAUCCACAGAUACCAGUAACAUUGCGUCAUCAGCGUGUCAAACGCCUGGUCAUUUCGGAACAAACCAUUCUGGCAAUCAGCUGAUAUCUGGUAUCCAGCAAACCCAUCAUCAGCAUCAUCAAGGUUGGUCUUCCCGCCAUUAUUCGACUGGACCUUGGUAUACAACCUCUUUAAGCGGCAGUGAUACACCUAUGUCAUCGGCGCCCAACAUGCCUUCGAUGCCAUAUUCAUCAACAAUAUCUGGUCAGCCUUUAAGUCCUAGGCAUGAAAUUGCAAGUUUGGGUGGUUCACACCGCCUAGGUCUAAUAAACACAGAAGACAUUUCCUUAAAAAAGGAACUUGAUGGUCAUCAAUCCGAUGAAACAAACUCUGGAGAAGGUGAAAACUCAAAUGGAGGCACAUCAAAUACAGGAAACAAUGAAGAUGAUCAAGCUCGACUUAUACUCAAAAGAAAGUUGCAGCGGAAUCGAACUUCGUUUACAAACGAGCAAAUAGAUAGUUUAGAAAAAGAAUUUGAACGUACACAUUACCCAGAUGUUUUUGCGAGAGAAAGAUUGGCUGGUAAGAUUGGUUUACCCGAAGCAAGGAUUCAAGUUUGGUUUUCAAACCGACGCGCUAAAUGGCGCCGUGAAGAAAAACUUCGAAAUCAGAGGAGAACUCCAAAUGCAACAUGUGGUAACGGAACUUCAUCCACAACUUCAACUACUGUAUCGGCAACUGAUAGUCCAACUAGUUUGAGCGCCUGUUCCUUGUUAACGAUAGGCGUAGGUCCCACAGUCAGUAAAAUUAAUGAGAUAGCUUCGUUGAGCCCGCUUUCGGUCCCUGUUACUGAUACUACAGUUGAAGGUGAAAUCACUGCUGCUAUGGAGGACAACGAUAGUCCUACAUCCACACUACAACUAUCAGUUGUUAGUAAGUCUAAGAUGAAUGAUAGUCGGACUACUGACGACAGCCGCAAUGUCUGUUCUCCUUGCCCUAAUGGUAGUUCUAUUCAGCAAAAUACACAUCAGCAUCAGAUCACUGUUUCAUCUCAUCCUCAAUCUCAUGCGCACACCCGUCUUUCUGCGAUCUCGCCACGCCUUAGUUUUAAUAGUGGAACUCCGGUAGGAUUUAACAGUGCCAUGUACUCAAGUAUGCAUCAUACGACUCUGUCAAUGUCGGAAAGUUACGGAUCGGUCACUCCAGUGUCAAGCUUUAAUCAUUCGUCGAUUGGACCCUUGGCUUCACCAUCACCAAUGUCACAGCAAGGAAAUAUGACUCCACCUACUCUUUACCCUUGUCAUAUGACAUUGCGUCCCCCGCCAAUUGCGGCACACCAUAUAACUAAUGAUGAAAACAGCCUUGCAAGCGGUAAUGGUUCGUCACAUCCGACUAGUCUAGGCGCCAACAAUAGUGCCAUAGGAUAUGAAGUCCUCUCCGCUUACGGCUUGCCACCCCCACCAGUACCGUCGAGUAGUUCUUCUGGUUCCAAUUUUUCCCCUUCAAUCUCUGCUGGAGCAGCCUGCACUUCUCAUCAAUCUUUGGAAUCACGUCACUCGACCUGCACCUCAAAUUCAUUACAUCUGGGAGGUGGCAGCAGUGCCAUAUAUGCUACUGAAACGAUUUCGCCGCCUGUCCCUUCCUACACUCAUAUGGGCUACAACUAUGCAACAUCUACAAGCAAUGUACCCACAUCGGGCAUCGCAAGUUCACCACACGGAGGUUCUGGAAAGCAACAGUUUUUUGCUUCAUGUUUUUAUUCUCCAUGGGUAUAGACUAGAUUAGAUAAUUAAUUAUUAUUAAUGCUUAAAAGCUUGUAAGCUGCUAUAAAAAGAUUAUAUAAAAUAGAAUUAACAUAUCUCACAAUAAUAAAA